CGUGCACACGGGUUUAAACUACCCCACUGGGAAUAUGAGCCUGUAUGAUUUUCCUUAAUCCAGGCUCAGCCAGAGGGUGCUGGGGCUGCUCUCUCCCCUCCCUUCUUGCCUCUCCGUUCUUAUAACUCAGGCUGCCUCCAGCCGGGCUUUGCCCACCGGACUCGCUGGCCGCGGGCGCGUGAAGGUGCAGUCUCUGAGGAGGGGCGAUCUCUCCUCUGAGAUGGCGUGGCUCUUCCUGGCUGUCCUCGCAGCGCUCGGGGGGACAGUUCUCUGCAAAUACAACGGAAGCCCUGGGCUGGUGCAGGGAGCGGUCUGCCUCGCAGGCCUCUGGGGAGGGGUUUACCUGCUCAGUCUGUCCCUCUUCUGCGGCUUGAUCCUUUCCUCCUUGACGUGCUUCCUCGUGUAUACUUACUUAUCUGGCCAAGAACUGUUACCUGCGGAGCAAAAGGCAGUCCUGGUGACAGGUGGCGAUUCCGGGAUCGGCCAUGGUCUGUGCAAGUACCUGGACAAGCUGGGCUUCACGGUGUUUGCUGGCGUUCUGGAUGAAAAGGGCCCAGGGGCAGAGGAACUGCGAAGAACCUGCUCCCCACGCCUCCUGGUGCUCCAGCUGGACAUCACCAACCCGGUGCAGAUAAAGGACGCUCUUGGCAAAGUGGCAGAGAAGGUGCAGAACACAGGACUGUGGGCUGUGAUCAACAAUGCCGGGAUCCUUGGCUUUCCAUGUGAUGGGGAGCUCAUUCCCAUGAGUGAGUACAGGCGGUGCAUGGCGGUGAACUUCUUCGGCGCUGUGGAAGUCACGAAGGCAUUUUUGCCUCUUCUUAGGAGAUCCAAGGGGAGGCUGGUGAAUAUGAGCAGCAUGGCAGGAGGGGUCCCAAUGGACUAUCUGGCGGCCUAUGGUUCAUCAAAGGCAGCUCUGACCAUGUUUUCAUCAGUUCUGAGAAAAGAGCUUUCGAAAUGGGGAGUCAAAGUCGCUGUCAUCCAACCCGGAGGCUUCCGAACAAGUAUCGCAGGCACCAGUGACACGUGGGACAAACUGGAGAAGGACCUCCUGGACCAUCUCCCCACCGAGGUGCAGGAGGACUAUGGCGGAGAGUACAUCCACGCGCAGCAGUGCUACCUGCACAGGGUCAACACGCUGUCCUGCCCGGACUUCUCCCCGGUGCUGCAGGACAUCGAGCACGCCAUCUCCGCCAGGAGACCCUCCGCCUUCUACGCGCCGGGGGGAGGCUCUUACCUGUGGCUCUGCUUGGCUUCCUUUUUGCCUGCUAUUGUAUUUGAUUUUAUUUCGAUGAAACUGUUUGGCUCAGGAAGAAAGCGCCUGCCCAGAGCUCUAAGCCUGCCCACCUGGAGGGAUAAGGCCACAUAGGCAGCGGGAAACCUAAAAGGAGUGGGAGAUACUAUACUCUUGGCAUGAAAGGGAAACUAUGAGCUUUCCAUUAAAGUUGUUUCCUGCUUUA